CAAUAAAACCCUUUUAUGCGCGUUGACUUGUGGGUAAGACAUGUCUGCUCCCUAUAGGUGAGAAUCAACCCAUCUAAAUGUGAUAAUACUGAGAUACCCAAAGUAUUUGUGGACUUUUAGCUGGGUUUUGGUUCAACAUCAGCUCUGAAGAUGUCGGAGAACACCCAGCAGGAGAGGGCGCCUGGAAACGGGCUCUCCAGGGCUGCGAUUGCGGAAAUGUUGAUGAAGAAUUUCGAGAAACUGCCUGACAUUGAUCAGAAACUUUUCUCCUACGGACCCCUGUACCUGGGGGGAAACGCCGGACUCGCAGGGCUGAUCUCCAACAGUUUGUACCGCAGAGCUCUGAACGUGAAGCAGGCCCGGGUCUCCACCAUCCUGCCCAUGGCGGUGCUGCCCUUCCUGACCACAUGCGCCCUGUACAACGCCGCCGUGUCCAACCCGCUGUUGUCCGGAGACCUCAACUGUCCCACCUGCUGCGUGAUGCGAGGCGCGCUGGUCGGAGUGGUGGGCGGCGGUCUGUACCCCAUCCUGCUGGCCCUGCCUCUGAACAUCGGCCUCGCUUCCAGGUACUCCACCGCCCCGCUGCCGGAGAAAGGCAACCUGCUGCGCUUCGGCGUGGACGUGUCCCGGCCGGUGCUGAGGAGGAUGAGGGCAGUGAUGCUGCUGCAGGCCUUCUUCGGCACCUACCUGGGCUCCAAGCACUUCGAGAUUUACACCAAACUGGUUCAGAUCGCAGUUGGCCCAGGAGAGCAGUGAGAGCAAUGACUAAAAUGCACUGAACUGAUUUAUUUUUUUCUGCAUUGGCGUAAAGCUGAUUCCCAGUUUCACAAUGAAAUCUGCCUGAGAUUGUUUCCACGUGGAUAAAAUUAAAUGUUGGUUAUCUUUCUGAGAUUGUUUGCUGGUGUGCAUUAAAUUAUUUUGCACAUGGAAAAAUAGAAAUACAAGUGCAUAUGGAGCACACACUCAACUCAUUUAGGUGUUUUUAUUUUCUUCUUGUGCUCUUAUUAUUUUUCAUUCUGUCACCUCAUUUUUUAAAAUGACACCAUGCACGAUGUUUUGACAAUAUUAAUCUGAUAUUCAUGCCAGUAAAGCAUACUGGAUUUAAUUAAAUUGAAAGCAUUAAGGAGAUAAAACUGUUAUCUUAAUGGAUAUGUUCUUUAAAACUGGAUGUGAAACAAUUCAUUAGUGACUAACGGAAAUAAUUGGCAAUAAUUCUGAUAACUGUUAAUUAAAAAGCUGUAGAUUU